CAGAGACACGGGUCAGAUCAGCUGGAAGUAAGCUGCCUGAUUGAGACAAUAGCUGCAGGCUGCCGCUCAGGAUUAAGCUAUGUAACGGGGAGGGAGUGGGAGGUGGAUGGGGGUGGGAAGAGCAGCGUGGGGCGGGCUGUUAGUUCACACUCGUAUCCUCCCACUGUAGGCUAGUCACUGGGAGGGCAGGCAGCCUCCACUCAAAGAUAGCACUGUAUCUUUGUCUUGCCACCAGCUGCCCUUUCUGCUGUUCUGUCUUAAUUCAUGUGCAUUAAGAAGGCGGGUGUUUGUGUAGUGGACUGGUGGCCUUCAACAUUGCAGUUGGAGCAUGCACAGGGACUUCCACAUGCCAGCACUCAGACAAGCUGGUAAAGGAUGUACUAAAGAGCGAAUCUGCUGCCAUUUAUUUUGCUUGAGCAUUCCCAUCUAGAAACCAUGGCUGGAUUUUACGGAUGUUUGCGGGGGAAGAAUUAAAACAUGAAACGGCGGACGUCAUCGCUGCUGGCCAGUAUUGGAGGCAGUCCAAGCAGUGACUGCAGCAUCAUGGCCUCUGGACCAUCAGAUGUGAUGACUAAACAGGAUCCUGCAGACCCCACAGAGUGCACAGGCAAGAAGAAGUCCAAGUUCCAGACCUUCAAGAACUUUUUUGCUAAGAAGAAGAGAAAAGAGGCUGCAACUCCUGCCGGGGACAAUGGGUUGAAGUCGAGCCAGUCCAGUGACAAUGUCAAUGCCCCUGAACCAGCAUUCCUCAUCCGGUCUGAGAAAGACGAGGGCUCUGGGUCAAAAAUCUACAUGGGAAAUAAGGCUCUGUCACAUGACAGUGUCUUUGUCUCCGAUUUGCCCCUGUCAGAGGUAAACGAGGAUCUGGGAGCCUUUCAGGAUAACAUCCAUGGAAAAGUCAAGUCUCUACAGCUCCAGCUGAAACAGGCCAUCCGGCUAGGCUCUCCUCCGUCUCUGUGUGUGAAGGGGGAUGACGCAGGGACUCUGUCUGAGGAUGACGGCCUUCCCUGCAGCCCACCAGAGUACUCCACCCUGCACGCCGUCCUGGCUGGGGUGUCCCACAGGAGGAACAGCUCCCUGAGUCUGGAGGGAACAGACAGCGAUGAAGACCAGAUGUCCUGUGAGGCGAGCUCAAGAUCGGUCAGUCCCCUGAUCCCCCUGCCUGUAGACUUCAGCCAGCCUGCCAGUCCCAUGGGCUGCCUGGACAACACCGCCGCUCGCCACCGCCUGGCCGUCCGACACAAGGCCUGCUCCAAGAUGAGGAAACCCACCACUAGGGUUGAUGGCAGGGCUGAGGGAGAGUCAUUCCAAGAGGAAAGACGGAGUGUUGUCAUUCCAGAAUCUGUGGAGGAGGACCAGGAGGAAGAUGUGAAAUGUGAGCAGGCUGUUGCUGCCGAGAAGGAGCAGACCGAUGGGGCCGUGGUAUCCCAGCAGGCCGAGCGAUCAGCCCCAGAUAAGGAGGAGGAUGAGCAUGGGGACCAACCAGAAGUGUCUCAGGAUGUCUCUUCCUCAUCCCCUUCCAUACAGAAUGAGUCUGAUUCUGAGGAAUGUCUCUCAGGCCAGGCUAAGGCUCUGACCAAGACUGCACCCCUGCCUGGCUCCCUGGACUCUCUGGAGCCCCCUACUAGAGACUACGAUGACUUCCUCCUGGCCCCUAAUGGGUGUGAGGUGGCUGAGGAGGGUGGCUCUCUACUCCAGGAGGUGCUGCGCUCCCUCAAGUGUCCCCUGGCGUCUGUCCUGGGGCUGGAGGCUGUGCCCCUCGAGGAGGUGAAUGUUAAGGGUUUAGACUCUGAGAGCUGGAUGGAUGAGCUGGCUGAUGAGCCUGAGCCUCUGUCCCUUCAUUCAGAUCCGACCCAACAGGAAGAAGCCUGUCUCCCCAGUGAUGGACCUGACUGCCCAGCAGAGUCCCAAGAGGAGGAGGAUGAGCCUUAUGCGUCUGAGGAGGAGUAUGUGGUAGAACAUUUCAAACCAAAGGAGGAAGAGGAGGAUCAAGAUGAAAUCAACCCUGGAUACUUAACAAAAGAAGAUCAGGACAUUCCUUCAGUUUAUAUGGAAAAAGAGGGAAAAGAAGAUGGGGAGGAGACAGCGAGGUUAGAGGAAAAGGCGGUAAUAGAGGAAGCAGAGGUUGUCCAAGACGAGGCAGAGGAAAAAAAGAAAGAUGUGUGGAGGGAGGAGGAAAAAACAGAGCCAAUCUCAGAGGUGCCAGUGCAAACAGCCUUAUUGGAGCCAGAGGAUGUAACGCCAACCUCUGUGGAGGAUGAUGCACAGCAGGUUCCAGACAAUGACACAGACACUGAGAGAGCUUGUGAGAGCCCUGAGUGCCCCACUGAGCUGCCUGACCAAACAGUUAGGGAACCAGUCUGUGUCUCCCAGCUGCCAAAUAGCAGUACACCUCCUCCAGAUUCCCCAGACCAGCCUGAGUCCCCUACACAUGCCACACAGGACCAGGAAGAGCCCAGUGUAACGACUGACCAGUACAGUAUAACCAGUCCCAGUGCAGCUUCUGGCCCAGAGCAGAGCCCCCAGGAGCCCUGUAGUGGACCAACUGCAACAGAGGAUCAUGGGAAGCCAUCUUGUGGCUCUGAACAGAGCAGCGCAAGGUUCACAAUUUCCCCCACCUGGCAAAGGUUGGACACCAACGAGCCAACCUCCCCUUCUACAUCUCCCUCCCCUGCUACCUCCCCCUCUGUCACUGUGUCUGGGGCUGUGGAAGCAGGGGUUACAGCAAAAACAGAUCCCCCAAGUAGAGUGGAGCCACUUAGCCCUGUGGUGGCUGAAGUCCCUGCUUGUCCCAGCAGAACACAGAGCACCACAGCACCCACACAUUCCUCAAAAGACACUCCACCUGCCGUUCCUGCAGCCCAGGAGGAAGGGACCCCUGAGAAUCCGUUUGGUGUUAGGCUGAGAAAGACCUCUGUGGGUAUGUUGCGCUUAGGAUCAGAGAGUGAAACUCCCCCCUCAUCCCCAGCACACUCACUUCCCAUAGAACCACAGAGGUCCUCGCUCACUGAACCUCAGCCACAAAGCAAAUCUGCCCUGCUCAGAAAGCCCUCCGAGCUGGACGGUAUCGUCAAGCCCAAGAGAACACCAGAUCUGUCUGUGGGUCGAGUGCCUAGUGUUGGAUCUAGCGGGGGAUCUGAAUCACCAAGCUGGAUCUCAGUGGCCAGACAAAAGCAAAGAAUCUUCAAAGAGAACUCAUUGGAGGAAACUACUGAGAAGAAGGUCCCUGCAGAGAAGGGGGAGACAAACAGAAAAGGUUCCAUUCCUACAUUGACGAGUCCUGUCAACAAAGACCAAGCCAAGCCUCCGGGACCUCCUGUAAAAGUGUUGUGUUCUCUUGAGAUUUCUAAGCCUGCCGUGGUUGAGAAGGAGGGGAAGAGAGCCCCGGCUCACCCCGCACCUACAGCCCUAGCCCAGGAUGAGCCCCCAUGGAUGGCCCUGGCCAAAAAGAAGGCCAAAGCCUGGAGCGAGAUGCCCCAGAUAGUUCAGUAAAGACUGGCCGUCUCAAACCGAAUCAUCCGUCCACUGAUGGAUCAGAAUGCACUUGAACAACCAGAGUAUAUCUUUUGACUUCUAAUACCUUCGGGUUUCUUAUUGGACAGAUGCUGAAACCCUCCAGUCACGUGCUGCGGUGAAAGUCAGUUGGGAAUUAGGCCAAAUUAGUAAAAGUUAUGGCCUAAGAUUGAAUUCAGUUGACAUGAUAUAUCUAUGUACAACCAACCAAUUAUUGAAUGAUAUUUGUUUUAAUUUCUUAACUGUUAUUGACAGUAUUCCUUGUAUGAGUGAGGGUCCAGUGUAUCAACUUUGAACCUAGCCUUGAGCUUUGAUUGGAGGAUGAAUAAGCAUGGAUGGAGAGAGUUUUCUUUGUAUUUAUUAAAUCUCUUUCAUGUAUUUGUUUUAUUUUUGUAUUGCCUUUUGAACAUGUGUACAUUAAAUGUGUAGUAAAUAACAAA